AGUCGCGGUCACACUGGUCAUAGGCAAUAAGAAAAAAAAAGUGCACGGCACGGUCGUCCAAUUAAGUUAAUUUUUCUAAGUAAACAUACAAGUGUAGAUUCGCCGUGCGCAUCCAAGCAAACGUACAACUGCCCACGCCGUAGUUGUCAGCCGCAAAUCAAAGCCGCGAUUCGUAGUUGCGCCAGCAUAGCGCUCCACGUGUGAAAAUAGUCAGGAAAAGCGCGCACACACAACCCACACACACACGCGCGCGCACACAUACAUUAAGUACACGUACACAGAUGCGCGCGAGGGAAAAGCGCUAGGUCAGAGGAAAGUGAAAAGUGAAAAGCGUGAAUAGAGCGCAUCGGGCGUUGGGCGUCAGGAAUCGGACGACGUAACCAGCUGGGUGAAAAUGGCGCUGCUCUCCUACCGGGACAAGCACAUUCUGAGUGCCCAGCAGCUGAGGAAGCUCAGCGAGCACAAGUACUCCUGCUUCAGCGCCAGCCUGCUUGAUCCGCUGCUGCAGCCGUGGUGGAACUGGCUGGUCGCCCAGACGCCCCUUUGGCUGGCCCCCAAUCUCAUCACCAUCGUGGGACUGAUCCUCAAUGUGGUCACCACCCUGAUAUUAAUCUGUUAUAGCCCAAACGGCGUUGAGGCACCGCCACGUUGGACCUGCUUGCUCUGCGCGCUGGGUCUGUUUAUCUACCAGAGUCUGGACUCCAUUGACGGGAAGCAGGCGCGACGCACGAAUACCUCAUCGCCGCUGGGCGAGCUCUUCGACCAUGGCUGUGACUCCAUAUCGACGGUGUUCGUGGCCCUGUCGGCAUGCAUCUCAUGCCAACUGGGCCACUAUCCAAACUGGCUGUUCUUCCAGUGCUUCUGUGCCAUAGCGCUCUUCUACUGCGCCCACUGGCAGACGUAUGUGUCCGGAACGAUGCGAUUCGGCAGAAUUGAUGUGACGGAGGCACAGUUCUCGAUUAUAGCCAUUCAUCUGGUUUCGGCGGCACUGGGUCCUGAGAUCUGGCUCACCAAGAUACCAAUCGUGGGCCUUUCAUGGAAUUAUACAAUAUUAGUAUUUAUCACAUUCGGUUAUACCUUGAAUAUAAUCAAUUUCCUAAAAAUGUUUACUCAAGGCGGCAGUGGCAAAAACGGCUCCUCAGUUGCUCUGCCGUACUUCAACUGCGAAUCGCGAUUUCUGCCAAUUUAUGUGGCCUGCGGCGUUGAUUUGAUUCUAGCUCUGCGCUACACGAAAUGCAUUCUCACCGAAGGUUGCGGCAAGAACGGAUCAUCGGUUGCUGGCACCAGUGUCCUCUCGCCCAGCAUUCCGCUCACGCUGGUGGUGCUGCCCGCCCUGAUGAUUGCCCAGAAGUCGCCGCAGAACAUCUUCACCGAGCACGCGUCGGUGUACAUCCUGGCCUUCGGCAUGGUGGCCGCCAAGGUCACCAAUAAGUUGGUGAUUGCCCACAUGACCAAGGCGGAGAUGGAGUAUCUGGACUGGUCGCUGCUUGGCCCAUCACUGCUGUUCCUCAACCAGUACUUCAACUGCAUCGUGCCGGAGAUCUGGCUGCUGUGGUUCACGCUCAUCUGGGGCACCCAGGAUCUGUUGCGCUACUGCGCCCAGGUGUGCCUGGAGAUCUGCCAGCACCUGCGCAUCGAUCUCUUCCGGAUACCGUACUCGCCCAAGGGCGCAGCCACACAUCCGGCCACCGCCUCGGUGAGCAGCCAGAGCAACUUCGGCAGCUCUGGCAGCAGUGCGGACAAGAACGGAGGCAGCGCGCAUCGAAAGUCGAAGAGCAAACCGCACUAGAUUGCGGUUUUCCGCCACAUACAUUAAUUAGUAAUUUUACAAAUUUACGUCGUUAGAGCCGAGGGAUACUCGUAGGAGCAGGCGGAGCGCAAGUAAUACAAAACCCGUAAACACAACCCAACAAAAUUCACCGUCAAUAUUUUGCCUAAAGAGCAAGGCCACUGAGGAACAACCAAACGAAAUGAAACUAAACAAUAAAACAGAUAGAGAAGUUAGCGAAAGGGCGAAGCAAGUUGUUGCUCCUACAUUUUAGUAUAUAGUUUACAACACGUUGUUGUAGCAAAGAAGGCAAAGUGGCUAGUGCUGCUGGGAGAAAGAACUGUUGCAGUCUCCGAUAUCAAUUAUAUGGCUAAAUAUAUAAAAAUAAAUACCUAUAUUUUGUA